UCACUUCCGGCCGUCCGGGUGGAUCUGGAUCUGGAGCUGGAGCUGGAGCUGAAGCUGAAGGAUAAGGUGGGAUCAGCCUGAAGUUCGGCCCCUGGCACUGACCAAGUCAGCAGAAAUGAAGACAGGACUUUUGUUUUGGGAUGCAAGAAGACAUCUAUUCAGCUGGCGAAAUUGCACUUCUCUGCAAAAAAUCUCAGCACUCCCAGAAAGAACUCAGACAUGGAAAACUUACAAAAUAAAAAUCCAAAGAUUAACAACGAACAAUAGCCAUGAUUAUUCGAGGAGAGAUUGUCAAGUUUGGCAAACCUAUGUUCAACGCAAUGGGGAAUUGGUAAUGUGCUCCAGACAUUAUUCAACCUUCAGAACUAUUGUACACAAUGCGGGACAUGCAUCAAAAACAGUACCAGCAAUCCAAGUAAGCAUGGUUGUCAGCCGAAAUUUUCCCCACUACAGCAGAUAUAUGCCUGCUUCUAUUUUAUCAAAGAAACAUUCCAUUCUUGAAGAGGCUGCUGACCUAUCUAGAGGUUUUCACACAUCUUCUCGUGUCUUAGCUUUACCAAUCCCACUACUCUGGAUUCUACUAAAGCCAGUGAAAAAGCUGACAGCGAUGCUUCUUGGCAGGAGUAUACGGAAAUGGUGGCAGGCUCUUCCACCUGACAAACAGGAGCUACUUAAAGAUAAUGUGAAAAGGCACAAGUGGAGAAUUCUAUUCGGCAUAUGUAGUCUGUCAUGUUUGAUUGCAAUAUAUUUUUGGACCCACUUGGACAAGAAUCCUAUCACAGGCCGAACUCGUCUACUGAUGUUCAGCAAACGACAAUUUCUGCAACUCGCUGAAUUUGAGUACCAGUCGGUGCUGGAGAGCUACAAGGAUAAAAUUCUACCUGUGACUGACCCAAUGUAUAAAACCACUCAGUUUAUUUUCAGCAAGUUGGUUGAAAAAAACAAAGAUAUCCCAGGAGUUUCUGAAACUAAAUGGAGUAUUAAUGUUGUUGAAGAUCCAGAGAUCAAUGCUUUUGUCAUGCCAAAUGGGCAGGUAUUUGUUUUGACUGGGCUGUUCAAAGCUGUGGCAGAUACUGAUCAACUUGCAUGUAUUCUAGGUCAUGAGAUGGCUCAUUGUCUCCUUGCUCAUGGGGCAGAACAUGCAAGUAUAAUUCAGCUCCUCGAUUUUGUAUCCCUUGUUUUCUUGACACUUAUUUGGGCUGUGUUCCCACGGGAUGGUCUUGCUGCUCUGGGACAGUGGAUCCAAAACAAACUGAUUGAGUACAUGUUUGACAGACCAUAUAGCCGGAAACUAGAGAUCGAGGCUGAUGAGGUUGGAUUACGACUUGCAGCUAAGGCAUGUAUUGAUGUGAGAGCAAGCAGUGUAUAUUGGCAACAAUUGGAAUUGAUGAAGAUUGUUUCUGGAACAUUUCAAAUUCCUGAAUGGUUUUCCACACACCCCUCAAAUGAUCAUCGAGUUGAACGCCUGGAAAAGCUAAUACCCGAGUCUGAGGCAACCUGAUCCAACUGAAGACAUAGCCAUUAAUAGUAUAGUAAUUCAAAUCCGGAAUAAGCAAGAGGUCCAAAUUAGAUGAGUACUGAUAUCUUGCUAUGUUAUAACACUGAAGGGGAUUACAGAAAUAAGGAGGGUUCAGGCCAUGGCUGGAUUUGAAAAUUGGUGAGAAGUUUAAAAUCAAGGUAACUUUUAACUGUGUGGCAAUGUAAGUUAGUGAGAAUAGGGAUAUUGGGUAAUUUGUUACUGUAAAGAUAACAUGAUUACAAAUGCUAGUGUGUUGCUGGCUAGGAUUGCAUUAGAAUGGUUCAACUUGCAACAAUGUUUCCUGAAAGUUGCACAACUGCUUAAAGAAUUUGCUUGCUUUAAUUGGCACAAGGACACAUUGACUUCCAGUUCUGGAAGUCACUACCAUGCACAAAUCUUGGAGUUUUGCCCAGCAGCAGAAUAAAGAGAUGGGAAGUAGUUCUGGAGAUAAGAAAGACAUGUGUAAGGGUUUUGGCAUCAGAUCUACUAAUGCUAGGGUAGAGACAAGCAAUGCUCUGAAGGUGAAAAUAUGCAUUUUAAUGAUUAUGUGGUCCACAAUGCCAUUGUGCACCCCUCUUAGGGUCAGAUAUGACAACAAGUUUGUGAACAGCAUAGUUCAGCUUCAGGAGGUCGCCGUAGGAGAGUGUGGAGUUUAUGAUGCAGACCAAAGAGAGUGGCUUCAGUCUAUCCAAUAUUUAAUUGGCGGAAAUCUUUGCUCAUCCAAGAGAGAGUCCCCAGUUCCUCUUUCUCAGUGAAUAAGAACAGAAAUAAAAACACCUAUUUAAGGUUAGUCAGAUGUUGUGAUUGUCUCAAAAGCAGGUCACUUUAUACUAACGUACUUCUUUUGAUGAGAAAGCUAGGCUUGGCUAAGAUAAUUAGGUAGGUUUCAUGGGAAUGGUGUGUUCUUUUACCUGCUAAAGGAAUAGUGUGAUUAUUUUUAUUCAUGAGCUAAUAUAAAUUAGUUGCACUACAGUAGUCAUUCAUUCACUUACGCUCUGUGAGUUGCAGCAGCUCAAUGAUUCUCAUCUUACUAAUAAUAUAGUCAAACAGCCUACUAAAAGAUCACUGAGGUUUGGCUGAGGGAAAAUGUAAAAAGCAUAACGUGCAAUUCUGAGGUUACAGGGUGUGUUUAAUGUGUUUGAACCUUCCCCUGACCCCCUCACCAAGUUUGUAAUGUUUGACUUGGCAACAGGUGAUACAAGGCCAGUUCUGAACACGCAAUGUGCAGUUUGAUUCUGGGAGUGACUAUUGUUAACCUGAACCAAAAUUUAGUAAAAAAUGUCAUGAGGGUAAUGGAUAUACAGACGUCUGCAGUGAUCGUUAUAAGCCUUCAGGUGCAAUAAGGUAAAAACAAGGACUGCAGAUGCUGGAAACCAGAUUCUAGAUUAGAGUGGUGCUGGAAAAGCACAGCAGUUCAGGCAGUAUCCAAGGAGCAGGAAAUCGAUGUUUCGGGCAAAAGCCUCUAUUCCUGAUGAAGGAAAUAAAAGGGCAACAGAAACAUAGAGGUGUGUCAUAGUGCAAAAAACUGCAAGGGGCCUAUUUAGGAAAAGUGACUUUUUAUUUCUGUCCUGGAGGUUGAGUUCAACCAAUUAAUUCUAAAUUUUCCUGCUUUUAUUUUUAUUACACUGGCAAACACGAUAUCUGAACAAUUGUAGAUAUUGAGAAUUGCUUACUCUCAUUUCAAGACUUUGGAUACCAAGUCCAGCAACAACAGGGAAAGUAUUUUAUCUUUCCUACUGUUUCAUGAGUAGUUGAUAAAUAUAAUAUUUAUUUUGAUUGGGAAUGCAAUUUGGAAAGCCAUCACUGCUGUAUUCCAUCAAACUGUUUCUUUUUUUGGACCCUGAGGUGAAUUUCAGUAUGGAAUGAGGAUGAAAACUUCGAUGUGAAGUCAUGAUUCGGAGAUGCCG